AUGACCUCCCAAAUCAUCGCGUAUGACAUCAAACCAACAAAAUUAAUUCCCAACUCCCCCAAACCCCUCCUCCUUUACAAAAACUGCUUUCUCCGAGACGACCGAACAGUAGACGCGACCCUCGCCUACGAUACAUUCAAGAAAAACGGCUGGGACGCGCAAUGGGUGACCACAUACGGACACUACCAGCGAUCCCACUACCACCCCGCCACCCACGAGGUGAUGGUGGUAUUAUCCGGCCCGGGAAGAAUUCGCUGGGGCACGGCAGACCUCGACGAGAAUCCGCACAAUCAUACCUAUGGCAAAGGCUCGGAGAAUGGCGCCCUUUACGUGGAUGUCAACGCGGGCGAUCUAUUCGUCAUUCCGGCCGGGGUCACGCACAAAUCGUUCGAUGUGAAUGCGAAGAUACCGGAUCCGACGUGUCUGACUGGAGGAGGGGCGCAUAGGAUUGAGGCGGAAGAUCCGAGGACUUUUGUUGGAGAGCUGCAGGUCUCGGGGUUUACGAUGAUGGGGGCGUAUCCGCGAGGGACGAGCUGGGGAUGGGCGGAAGGAGGAGCACAUGUCGGGCGAUAUGAGUCUGUCUGGAGUGUGAGAAAUGAAGAUCUGGAUCCGGUGCUUGGUGAGAAGGGUGGGAUUAAUGAUUAUUGGAACCGAAGAAAUGUAUCUCUUUGA